CCCCCCCCCCCCCCCCCCCCCCCUUCGCUCUCGGCUCCUCAUCCUAUCCCCUCCUCCAUAAAGCCCUCCACGCCGCCCUCUUCCCGUUGCCUCAAUAUCUCCCUCAUUCCUGCAUAUUUUAUACGUUUCUCUUCUUUUAGUACAUUUGAGCAAGCAUAUUCUGCUCACUUACAGACUUUAUCUUCUUUCUUCUUCUUUUUUUUGCUUUCAAAAUGGCUGCUUUCGUUGGCGUUUUGUCCGUCUACCAAACUCCGACAGUCGAGCUCUAUAGAAGGACAGCAACAACAACAACGCCUUUGCUUUCGUUACAGUUAUCCGAGAAGUCUCACUUCAGCAAUGUUCUGAAAGCCUACAACUCUGGCCAAAGGCCAUUCUCUUUCGAUUCUAGUGGUACACUCAGGAGUGGUUUCAAGCAGCAAAGAUUUGGUUCGAUUCCCUCCGCUAUUGCCACUCCCAAUUCUUCGGUCCUGAGUGAAGAGGCAUUCAAAGGCCUCGGUGGUGGUUUCUCAGAGGACUCUCUGGAUGACUAUUAUGACUCAGAGACGGAGCCAUCUUCUGCUGCCUCUGGGUUGCAGGAGGAACUCGCUAUUCCCAAAUUGGGAUUGCCUCAGAGCCUCAUCGAUACCCUCGAGAGGCGUGGGAUAACUCACCUUUUUCCCAUUCAAAGAGCUGUUUUAGUCCCUGCACUAGAAGGUCGAGAUCUCAUUGCUCGUGCAAAGACUGGGACUGGGAAGACAUUAGCCUUUGGGAUCCCAAUUAUUAAACGCCUUUAUGAAAAUGAUGAACAAAGAGGGUCUCAAAGGCAGUCCGGUCGUCUUCCUAGAGUUUUGGUUCUUGCACCUACCCGGGAGCUCGCAAAGCAAGUGGAAAAGGAGAUCAAAGAGUCUGCACCUUAUUUAAGUACUGUGUGUGUUUACGGAGGGGUUUCUUACGUUACACAGCAGAAUGCACUUUCCCGUGGGGUUGAUGUAGUUGUUGGAACUCCUGGUCGAAUAAUCGACCUUAUCAAUGGUAACAGCCUCAAACUAGGGGAAGUUCAAUAUUUGGUUCUUGAUGAAGCCGAUCAGAUGCUUGCGGUUGGCUUUGAGGAGGAUGUGGAAGUAAUUUUAGAAAAGCUACCACCUGUGCGUCAGAGUAUGCUUUUCUCUGCAACUAUGCCUGGUUGGGUGAAGAAACUAGCACGGAAAUAUUUGAACAAUCCAUUGACAAUUGAUUUGGUCGGUGACCAAGAGGAAAAGCUUGCGGAAGGGAUCAAGCUAUAUGCCAUAUCCGCCACUGCAUCUUCAAAGAGGACCAUUCUUAGUGACCUUGUCACGGUUUAUGCAAAGGGUGGGAAGACCAUUGUUUUCACACGGACAAAACGCGAUGCUGAUGAAGUCUCAAUGGCAUUAACAAAUAGCAUUCCUUCUGAGGCAUUGCAUGGAGAUAUAUCUCAGCAUCAAAGGGAGAGAACGUUAAAUGGUUUUCGACAAGGGAAAUUCACAGUUCUUGUUGCCACUGAUGUUGCAUCCCGUGGUCUCGAUAUCCCCAAUGUUGAUCUGGUCAUUCACUAUGAACUUCCUAAUGAUCCAGAGACUUUUGUGCAUCGAUCUGGUCGUACUGGACGUGCAGGAAAAGAAGGUACUGCAAUUCUGUUGUUUGCUACUAGCCAGAGGAGAACGGUGAGAUCCCUUGAGCAUGAUGUGGGAUGCAAGUUUGAGUUUGUUAGCCCACCAGCCAUUGAAGAGGUUCUGGAGUCAUCUGCUGGACAAGUGGUUGCUACUCUUGCCGGAGUUCAUGCCAAGUCUGUAGAGUUUUUCACCCCAACCGCACAAAAAUUGAUUGAAGAACGGGGAGUGAGUGCUCUUGCUGCUGCACUAGCACUAUUGAGUGGAUUCUCCCGACCUCCUUCAUCCCGGUCUCUCAUCAAUCAUGAGCAGGGAUGGGUUACAUUGCAAUUGAGUCGAGAUCCAGCUUAUUCUAGUAGAUACCUGUCUGCUAGAUCUGUCACUGGGUUUCUUUCUGAUGUUUAUCCUGCAGCUGCUGAUGAAGUUGGAAAAAUACAUCUAAUUGCAGAUGAAAGGGUUCACGGUGCGGUUUUUGAUCUUCCGGAGGAGAUAGCCAAAGAGUUGCUUAAUAGGCAAGCACCACCGGGAAACACAAUUUCCAAGAUUACCAAGUUGCCUGCAUUGCAAGAUGACGGGCCUCCAAGUGAUUAUUAUGGCAGGUUUUCUGGCAGGGAUCGGAAUAACAGGCGAGGAUCUAGAGAUCGGAGAGGUCUUAGAAGUUCACGGGGUCGGGAUGGUGGUCGAGACUCGGAAAGUGACGACGGUUUAUUUAGGAGUGGUGGCCAGAGUUAUAAAACCGACAACAAUUGGUCUCGAUUUUCAAAAGGCAGGGGAAACGAUUGGCUAAUUGGAGGUAGACAAUCGAGAACCAGGGACAGAAGCUUUGGAGGUUCCUGUUUUAAUUGUGGACGGUCAGGGCACAGGGCGUCAGAAUGCCCAAGCAAGCAAGACUAUUAGUUGUACUGCACUCCAUAUUAUAUUUCGUCUCACCAAGCAAGACUUUGAAUGUUUUUCACAGCCUGUUCAAUAGAACCAGGAGAUUUAGAGAUUUAGAGGAAUCAAGUUAUCAACUCUAUCUUGCUCUCUCUCACUCUGUAGUUGCGAUUUUCAAUUUACGUAAAACUAAAUAUGCAUCUUUUUAGUA